UUCUACAAUCUGUUUUGGACCAGACAGUGCUUCUUAUGUGACUAACAAAGCAAACAGCAGUCAGAUUCCUUGUGCUGAAAUAAGCAUACUAUUUGCAAAAAGGGUUGGCUGCCCAAGGCUUAUUCAAUGAAGACACCACAUUUUCCAAAGCUAAAGGGGAAUACAGAAUGACAAAUACCCAAAUAUAUUUACAUAUCCUAAAAGAAGGCAUACAACCGCCCGAUAUGGAUUUUUUUUUUUUGUCUCUAGUAAGUACUAACCGGAGCCAAGUCUACCAUCUGACCAUGGAGAACAGCAGAAUACCUCAAACACAAGAAUAAUCUAAUUUUAAAACUGGGAAGAGCUUAGAAACCACCUAGUCCAAACUUUUCAUUGUGUUGAUAAAAAACAGACACCCAGAAAGGUUAAAGUGAAAAGCUCUGAAAAGUGUUGCAAUAGCCACAGAUGAAAAAUUGGUAUACACAGGUACACAGCGCUAUAUAUUAAGAGCUGAGAAUUAGUCUUCUGAAUGUUCACAUGGAUGAUAACAGGGUAUCGGUCUCAAUUAUAAGCAAACAGAAGUAAGUGUGUGCAUGUGUGUCACCAUAUAUACACAAAAAACCUAAAAAAUAUAUUUUUAAUAAUUCCUUUCAAAACAAAUUCUUCAAUCUAGCAUUCAAAAGCGUCCAUAAAGAUACCUCCCUCACUUUUUCAAAAGGUUGUCCAAAUGAGCCAUAAGACAGUAGAAGGCAGGUGUUUUCUCACAUUUAUCUUUUGUGGUCUCCUACAGAUGUAGCAGAGUAUAUAUUAUAAUUACAAAAGCUAUUCCACAUAUAAUUUCCAAAUGAUGAAAGAAUGAUUAUAAUAUAAACUUUCCUAUUCUGUUAGUCUGAACUGCUAUAAAAAACAUAUUUUAUAUGUAUCUAUGAAUAUUAUACAGAGACAUAUAUAACAAUGUAGAUUUUUUAAUACUUCAAUUAACAAAAUAAAGCGAGAGGAGAGAGGCAAAUAAGAUGCCUUAUCCAUUUACAUUUCCAUAACGGGCGAUACAAGGCUUUGUUUAAAAUACAGAAAAUUGCUUGCAGGGGAGAGAAAGGGAAAAGUAAAAAAGACAAAUCUUUCUUUCAUUCACUGGUCAAACUUUCAAUUAUUUUAAUUAUUCAUUAAUCCUGAAUCCAUGUUACUUUAAGUCUAUGGAGGUAGAAAAAUGAUGUGUCUAUGCCCAUGUAUAAAAUUGUCCUUCUCAAUCAGUUCACCUGUAUAGUCAAUUUGAUCUUGAUUCAAAAUGAUGCAAUUAAAUAAUAUAAAAAAUUUGGGUUCUCAACUUCCUAUCUUUAUUAGAUUUUUUAGGAUUCUAAAACCUGAUUUUAAAGUUUUCCUAAUAUCGUUAAACAGACUCUACUGAAAUUGACAACCACAGUUUUUACUUCCACCUUGAGGAAAAAGUAUUUCUAAUUGGGAUGAUUCCUAAAGGAAACUGUAAGUUAAGCCAAUAAUUUUUUUUUAAAGCUGAAAGCAAAGUUUGAAAAAUUUUCUCUCCUUAAAUAAACACAGCAAUCUUAUGUAAAUUAACAUAAUAUGAGAUUAUCAAAUUAAGGGGUUUUUGCAAACUCUACUGCAACUCUAAAGUAAAUCCAAAUUUAACGAGAAAAUCUGAAGUCGUUUACUGAAUAUAUUGUAGUGUUGUAAUAAGGAAGCUAAUUCUUUCAGGAUAAUUAUAUUGCUAACUCUACUAUCAAAUUCACAGAUGUCUUGCCCUGUCUGAAAAAUUUAAAAUAUUUAAUAUGCUAUCAUAUUUUAAAUUUCUCUUAUUAACUUCUGAAGGCUUACACUAAAAUUCUGACAUGCAAAACCACAUGCCUACAUUUUCACCAUUUUGUUUCUUUUGCUUAAGCCUAAAAAGUAGGAAUUGAGUUUAGCUAUUUUCACAAAAAUUUACAAACAUUAAUAGAUACAUUGAUAACUUUAUAUAAUAACUCAAUAAUUUAGAUGAUGGUUUAAAUCCAGUACUCUAUUCAAGGAAUUCUUUAUCCACUUUCAUGUACUACUAAAUAUUAUAUGAUAUUAAUCAAAUAACAUAAGAAUGUGUUUUUCAAAAAUAAAAAGGAGGUAUCUUCAUUCUGUCAUCAACCAGUCUAAACACUAGGGUAAUAACUAAUAAGAUAAAAUCACAGAAAAAAAUCGUCCCUGGUUAAAACUAUUAAUAUAUAUUUAAGACAAAGGUUUUAUUUUUCAAUAAGAAAACAAGGAAAAGGAGAGCCCAGCCUGAUCCUGUGUGCCUGCCCAAUAGAACUUUCCACCAUAAUUACUGCUUACCAUCUUGGGGGGGGAGGAGCUUAAGCUCAGGGUAACCUCAUGUACUAAGGGAAAAACAGUAUAAAUACCACAGGGCAGCUCUGGAGGGGCACCUUCUGCACUGCUGACCUGGGCAGAGGAGGCUUCAGAAAGCUGCCAAGGCACCAUUUCCAGGAACUCCCAGCACCCAGGUAAGUGUAUGCUCACUGGCGGACUUCCAUGUUAACUUGCUUGGAAACAAACUUCAAUAAUUUAAAUACUUGCGUUUUCUCAAAUAUUACAAGUAUUAAAGUGAUUUUUAAAAAUAUGGUUUCUACUAAAAUGCACUCAGAAAGUUCUUUUUGCAUCAGUCUAUAGAUGAUAAUCCUAAUAAAACCAUAUUUUAAAAAUUUGCCCUAAUCUGAAUUUCAGUGUAUUUUGAAACUAUUGGAUAUUUCAGGCUAUGUCAAAGAUCCUGGAUUAUUUAAUACAGACAUCCAAUCCUAAUUUCUGUUUCUUUUUCUUUAGCUAAAUCAUUGUUUUUCACUUGAUUACCUGAAUAUAAAUAACUAUUAGACAUAUAUUUAGAUUACUAAAUAAUGUUCUCUCAUUUACUUAUGGCACAUAUUAAAAAUAUAUAGGAAAGGUUAAAAAAGUAGAUAACUGUAUAAAGAACUCAUCUGUGAAACAGAAUAAUAGGUUAAUAAUAAUGCAGUAUAAAGUUAUUAUUUUCUAUUUUUCAGAAUCCAUCUGAGAAUAUGCUGCCACAAAUCCUGUUUUUGCUGCUAGUAUCCUUGAACUUGGUUCACGGAGUGUUUUAUGCUGAACGAUAUCAAACACCCACCGGCAUAAAAGGCCCACAACCCAACACCAAGACACAGUUCUUCAUUCCCUACACCAUAAAGAGUAAAGGUAUAGCAGUAAGAGGAGAGCAAGGUGUUCCUGGUCCACCAGGACCCGCUGGACCUCGAGGGCACCCAGGUCCUUCCGGACCACCAGGAAAACCAGGCUAUGGAAGUCCUGGACUCCAAGGAGAGCCAGGGUUGCCAGGACCACCGGGACCAUCAGCUGUAGGGAAGCCAGGUGUGCCAGGACUCCCAGGAAAACCAGGAGAGAGAGGACCAUAUGGACCAAAAGGAGAUAUUGGACCAGCUGGCCUACCAGGACCAAGGGGCCCACCAGGGCCACCUGGAAUCCCUGGACCAGCUGGUAUUUCUGUGUCAGGAAAACCUGGACAACAAGGACCCGCAGGAGCCCCAGGACCCAGGGGCUUUCCUGGAGAAAAGGGUGCACCAGGAGUCCCUGGUAUGAAUGGACAGAAAGGGGAAAUGGGAUACGGUGCUCCAGGCCGUCCAGGUGAGAGGGGUCUUCCAGGUCCUCAGGGUCCCAUGGGACCACCUGGCCCUCCUGGAGUGGGAAAGAGAGGCGAAAAUGGGGUUCCAGGACAGCCAGGCAUCAAAGGUGAUAAAGGUUUUCCAGGAGAAAUGGGACCAAGUGGCCCACCAGGUCCCCAAGGCCCUCCUGGGGAACGAGGGCCAGAAGGCAUUGGAAAGCCAGGAGCUGCUGGAGCCCCGGGCCAGCCAGGGAUUCCAGGAACAAAAGGUCUCCCUGGGGCUCCAGGAAGAACUGGGCCCCCAGGGCCUCCUGGCUUUGGGAAACCGGGCUUGCCAGGUCUGAAGGGACAAAGAGGACCUGCUGGCCUUCCUGGGGGUCCAGGUGCCAAAGGGGAACAAGGGCCAGCAGGUCUUCCUGGGAAGCCAGGUCUGACUGGACCCCCUGGGAAUAUGGGACCCCAAGGACCAAAAGGCAUCCCAGGCAACCAUGGUCUCCCAGGUCCUAAAGGUGACACAGGGCCAGCUGGGCCUGCAGGAUACCCUGGGGCUAAGGGUGAAAGGGGCUCCCCUGGGUCAGAAGGAAAACCAGGGUAUCCAGGAGAACCAGGUCUCAGUGGUCCUAAGGGUAACCCAGGGCUACCAGGCCCAAAAGGUGAUCCUGGAGUUGGAGGCCCUCCUGGUCUCCCAGGCCCUGUGGGUCCAGGAGGAGCUAAAGGAAUGCCAGGACACAGUGGAGAGGCUGGUCCAAGAGGUGCCCCUGGAAUACCAGGUACUAGAGGCCCUAUUGGGCCACCAGGCAUUCCAGGUUUCCCCGGUUCUAAAGGGGAUCCAGGAAAUCCUGGUCCUCCUGGCCCAGCUGGCAUAGCAACUAAGGGCCUCAAUGGACCCACUGGGCCACCGGGGCCUCCAGGUCCAAGAGGACACUCUGGAGAGCCUGGCCUUCCAGGGCCCCCUGGCCCUCCUGGCCCACCAGGUCAAGCAGUCAUGCCUGAAGGUUUUAUAAAGGCAGGCCAAAGGCCCAGUCUUUCUGGGAUGCCACUUGUUAGUGCCAACCAGGGAGUAACAGGAAUGCCUGUGUCUGCUUUUACUGUUAUUCUCUCCAAAGCUUACCCAGCAAUAGGAACUCCCAUUCCAUUUGAUAAGAUUUUGUAUAACAGGCAACAGCAUUAUGACCCAAGGACUGGAAUUUUUACUUGUAGGAUACCAGGAAUAUACUAUUUUUCCUACCACGUGCACGUGAAAGGGACUCAUGUUUGGGUAGGCCUGUAUAAGAAUGGCACCCCUGUAAUGUACACCUAUGAUGAAUAUAUCAAAGGCUACCUGGAUCAGGCUUCAGGGAGUGCCAUCAUUGAUCUCACAGAAAAUGACCAGGUGUGGCUCCAGCUGCCCAAUGCCGAGUCAAAUGGCCUAUACUCCUCUGAGUACGUCCACUCCUCUUUCUCAGGAUUCCUAGUGGCUCCAAUGUGAGUACACCCACAGAGCUAAUCUAAAUCUUCUGCUUGAAAAGGCAUUCUCCAACUCUACCCCACCCUACAAAAUGCAUAUGGAGGUAGGCUGAAAAGAAUAUAAUUUUUAUUUUCUGAAAUACGGAUUUGAGUUAUCAGACCAACAAACCUUCCCCCUGAAAAGUGAGCAGCAAUGUAAAAACACAUGUGAAGACCCUCUUGAAUUUCUAGUCAGCAAUCCUAAGGCUCUUUCAAGUUUUCUGUGAACUCCUCCAAUAUUUAAAAAUAUCACCAAAGAAGUCCUGCUAUGUUAAAAAAAAAAAAUCUAAAGAAAAAAAAAGAAAUACAGCUCUAAGUUAUGUGAAGUUUGAUUUGAGAAACUCAACAUUUCCUUUUUUAAAAAACCUGUUUCUAACUACUAAUAUGAGAACUUCUUAGGAAACAUUCAGGAGGUAUCAUAUAACUUUGUAGAACUUAAAUACUUGAAUAUUCAAAUUUAAAAGACACUGUAUCCCCUAAAAUAUUUCUGAAGGUGCAUUACUCUGAGGCUUGUAUGGCCCCUUUCAUCAAUAUCUAUAAAAUAUACAGGAGCAUGUAUACUUUUAAAGCUCUUAUAUUAAAAAAUCCCAAAAUAUUAUAUUGAAGUUCAUCUGAAAUGCAAGGUGCUUUCGUCAAUGAACCUUUUCAAGCUUUUCUGUGACUGCAGAGAAGCUUUUUAUAUACCCAGCAUAAAUUGGAAACAGGUAUCUGACCUAUUCCUAUUUAUUUAACAAAAAUGUGAUUAAUCUGACUUCUUUAAUUCUUUAUUGGAUCUUAUGUGAUACGAUUUUCUGGAUUUACAGAACAUUAGCACAUGUACCUUGUGCCUCCCAUUCAAGUGAAAUUAUAAUUAACAUUGAGGGUUUCAAAGAAUUGACUAGAAGUGGAGACACAUUAUUUAUUUAUGCUCUGUACUGUAUUUUUAUAUUGCUGUUUAAAACUUUUAAGCUGUGCCUCACUUAUUAAAGCACAAAAUGUUUGACCUACUCCUAUUUACAAUACAAUAAAAUAACAUCAAUAGACUUUUAUGCUGAAUUAAUUUGAAAGCAGCUAUUUGCUGUUCUCAACCAUUCUUUUAAGGCUUUUCAUUUUUUAAAGCUAAUAAAAAAGUAGAACAAUAAAGUGGUGGGUGGCUUUU